UAAAUUUUUCUUAUGAGAAUUCAUUGUUUUAUUCUUUUCUCCAUAGUCAAUAGAAAGGAGGACUGGUCUGGAAGCCUAUUGUUCUCUCUCUUUUGUUUUCUUUGUUUGCGCUUUAGAAACUCGGCGAUCGGACAAAAUCCAGUCACGUGGUCAAACUGAGUGCAAGUUGUUUUUUAAAAUGGCGUUCUACAGUGGAAACACCACAAAUGAAGAAGACUUUUUGAGUGGGGUAACAAUCGAUUUUUUGUUCGAGUACAUGGAUGAUGAUGAAUUCAAACUGCAAUGCGAUGAUGCAUUGGUUGAAGAUCCUCAACAGACAGAAAAAACUCAAAGUUUAUGUUGUUCCCACUGUGGAAAAAGUUAUAAAAGCAAAGGAGGGCUGAAAAAACAUCAGGAUCUGAAACACACUGAAAUAACAGGAACAGAGACUGAAGGAGAUACCAUAAGUUUCGAUAGUGUGAACAUUAAAUCUUUUAUUGAAGAAGCAAAAGAAGAUAUAAGCAAAGAUGAGUGUUUUCCUGACGAAAUCCGCAGUAUUGCAGUUGCUUAUGUUACAGAAGAUGUGAACAAUUCCUUGAAAGAAGAAAUUCUGAAAAUUUAUCAGUCCUUGAAAAGAAAUGGAGAUGCAGAAAAAUUCUAUUCUGCAUUUUAUUCUCUUAUUGUCAAAAAUGCCAAAAAAUAUUUCAGCCAGUUGGAAAUGCCUGUGUGCACUAUUCUUGCAUCACAACUUGCUGAUAAAAUAUUAGCAUUCUAUAAGAAACCUGUUCAGCAACCUGUUGUGGUCAAGCCAAUUUCAGAACGUGAAUUUGAUGGGCUGCAAUACCUAGCUGGCUAUGUAAUUCACUCACUGGUCAGAAAAUAUAACAGAAAAACUGAUUCUAAAUCUGAAGCUGUCCAGGGUGUGCUUUUAUUGCUGAAUUCCUGCCGGAGUGAUGAUAUUACCACUCAGAGAUUGAUCCAAUGCCAAUCUAGAGGUGGUUUAUGGGGAGUUAAGAGAGAAGUUAUUGAGUUAUUCAAACUUGUUGAAGAAGAAUUUAGAAGAGAAACACAGAGCCAUGUGGUGUCCAUUAACUGCCAAGAAAUAACGCAAAAAUUAAUGAAGCACAUUAACAUAACAAGUUUGUUCAAUACCAUCAAAGAGUAUGAUGCACACAUCUUGGAAAAGGAGACAAGUUUAAGCCUACUGGAGAAUAUGAUCAAAUUAUACCUACGAGUGAGAGCCUUUUCUAUAACAAAAACAAAAACACAACUGGAGAGAAAACGAGUAAAAGGAUUACACAAAGGUAUAAAGAAGUCAUCAGACAAAGAUAUUACAGGUGUUUAACAAAGUGCAAAGAUAAAUCAAAGUCAAGUUACUUUUUUCCCACAGCAAACAGGCAGAUAAAUGGAAUUAACUGCUUUCCCAACACACACAAUUAUAUGUAUCUGUGUAAAUGCACAAUUUUAUGGUUCUUGUUUAUAAAUUAGUCUAUGUAUCAUAAAUACAUGAUAUCUUUUUUAUGUUCAAAACCUUCCCUGAAUUGUAUUCCAAAAUAAGUUGUUACUACUAUAUUUCCAGUCACUAGAUCAUAGAAUUGGCAUUAAUAAAAUAAUUCAUAAUGAAAUAAAAAAGGAUGGGUGUUUAUCAGAGGUUGUCAUUUACAAGAAUGUGGGAAUUUAUUCAGAAAAAUAGUACUUUUGUAAAAAUAAAUUACUGAAGUGUCAAUUUGAUCUAAGAACCACUUUUUUAUGAUCUAAGAACCACUUUGCAAGAACAUCCUCAGUGAAAAAAGUUCUGUGUUGGGAAGUUAAAAAACUUAUGGUUACAUCAUUAAAUUUUCAGACAAAUCAAUUGCUGAAAAAUAAAAAUAUAGUUAAAAAAACUCUAUAGAUGUACGUAUGAUUCAACUACUUUA